AUGGGCGCCGGCCGCCUCCUCCACCUCGUCCGCACGCCGGCGACCUCCCCCGCCCCCGCGGCCCGUCCCGGCGGCCAUCCCCAGCCGCACAACCACGUCCGCCUCCCCAAGACGACCGCCGCGGGGAUGCGCCGCGUCGCCGUCUCCUGCUCCGGGUCCGGCUCCGGCUCCGCCGACGAGGAAGGCAUGACCUACAAGGGCGCCGGCGUGGACAUCGACGCCGGCACCGAGCUCGUCCGCCGCAUCCGCAAGAUGGCCCCCGGGAUUGGCGGCUUCGGCGGCCUCUUCCCCCACGGGGACGAGUACUUGGUGGCUGGUACUGACGGAGUCGGGACAAAGCUGAAGCUAGCGUUUGAGACCGGUAUUCAUGAUACAAUCGGGAUUGACCUGGUUGCUAUGAGUGUCAAUGACAUUGUAACUUCCGGCGCGAAACCAUUGUUCUUCCUGGAUUACUUUGCGACGAGCAGGCUCGAUGUUGACCUUGCAGAGAAGGUUAUCAAGGGGAUUGUGGAUGGGUGCCAGCAAUCAAAUUGUGUCCUGCUAGGAGGAGAGACAGCAGAAAUGCCUGAUUUCUACCAGGAAGGUGAAUAUGAUCUUAGUGGCUUUGCUGUGGGUGCCGUAAAGAAGGAUAAGGUCAUCGAUGGUAAAAACAUUGUGGAGGGAGAUGUCCUGAUUGGUCUUCCUUCCAGUGGGGUUCAUUCGAACGGGUUCUCUCUUGCUAGGAGAGUACUGGAGAGAAGCGGACUCUCUUUGACUGAUCCACUCCCAAGAAAUGAUGGUGUGACGACUACUGUUGGUGAAGCUCUCAUGGCACCAACUGUUAUCUAUGUUAAGCAGGUACUUGAGAUUAUCAGCAAGGGUGGUGUAAAAGGACUAGCCCAUAUUACUGGCGGUGGCUUCACUGAUAAUAUCCCAAGAGUAUUUCCGAAAGGACUUGGGGCCAAAAUUGUUACGGGUUCAUGGGAAGUGCUGCCUGUGUUCAAAUGGCUUCAGCAGGUUGGCAAAAUCGAAGAUGCGGAGAUGCUGCGAACAUUCAACAUGGGCGUCGGAAUGGUCCUGGUAGUAAGCAAAGAUGCAGCAGACAGGAUCCUUGCAGAAUCGAGUCCCGCUUAUCGCAUCGGAGAGGUGAUCCAGGGCGAGGGAGUGCACUAUGCCUGAGCUCAUUAAAAUGUGAGAAUCGCUUGGCUGAUGGGCCAGCCCAAUUUUC